AUGCCGGCUGACUCGGGGUCCUCGACUCCUACGCGGAGCGCCAGCGCCGCACUCACACCAGCCUCGAGACCCGGCCGAUCUGUGUCUCACACCGAUCAGGUUAGGUCGAGCAGCAAAGGUUCACAAGCCAGCGUACGACGACCCUUAGCCCUGCCUGUCAACGUCGAUACUACAGGAGCGAUGAUCAUGGCUACACCUUCUUACGAUGCCGACCACCGAGAAGGUUCCUCCUCGGGGCAGUCGCACCGAGCGACGCACGCGGACAGGCCGAAUCUAGGAGUGCGGACUGAGCUCCCUAGAGGGGCGACUGGUGUGGAUGAAGAUGUUGGAGAUGAACAGCGCGGAGAAAGCUCAGUGGGAAGUCGUGAGAAGGAUGGCAUCGAGAUUUAUCUGCCAAAUCAUACUGAAAGCGUCAGCCACAUUGCUCUGGAUGUGAGUCGCGCAGCUAGCCAGUUGUGAAGGCGCUUGGGCUAUGCUUGUGGUGGUCCUGGCUUGCUCGAUGAUUUGCUUCAAGUCGAGAGGCGAUGCAUAUACGCUUACUCGAGUAUGCCUGACGUAUGAACAGAUCGGUGGCUCCCUGGCCAAGGUGGUCUACUUUACCCAUUCUCGUCCACCGGUCUCCACGUCAGGUCAAGCGUCCACCAGUCCUUCAUCUAGUAUCGAUGACGCCAUUCCGAGGUGCUCGCCUUCGAUCUCUACCUCUGCGUCCGGGCUCUUCUCAAAGAACAAUUUGCCAGGCCUGCACUCCGUGGAGCACGCAUCCGGAAAGGUGUACUCGCAACAGGUCGCCUACACCGCUGAUGGGACACAAGCGGUCCCGUCUGGCACUCUUACGCCAACUUCCAUAUCUCGUGUCCCUAGCGCGUCCGAGUUGCGUCCGGACAAGAAGUCAUAUGAUGGUCAAGAGGAUCAUAGCAGCGGAGCAAACAGUUCUGCCACUGAUGCCAGUCGCGAAGAUCAGCGCGAGGGUAGGGGUCCAAGUCUUGCUAGAGGACGUGGUGGUGGGAGCAUUCGGUCCAGCCUAUUCCGUCGACGCUCAUUACCCUCCUCCUUACCGGGCGGGAGACUGAAUUUCAUCAAAUUUGAGACGUCCGACGUCGACUCAUUGUUCAUGUUUCUCUCUACACUCAUCUCUUCGAGCGCAACAGCCAAUGGCGUCUCCUUAUCUUCCAUGCGCAAGUCGGUCAAGCUUUCUGCGACCGGCGGCGGCGCUCACCGAUUCCACGAGAGGCUGGAGAAGGAACUCGGCGUGGAGGUACGCAGAGAAGAUGAGAUGAGAGCACUCAUCACGGGACUCAACUUUGCCACGCUCAUUCCCGAUGAGGUCUUCAGCUACUCGGACGAGUUGGUUAGCGUUCUCCACAGCCCCUUGCCUCGCUUUUCUAGCAGGUACAGAGGCAGCGCGCUAGUAGGGACAGCGUCGAACGAUGAAGAACAGGCAGACACAGCAAUGUCUGCUUCCUUCUCCUCCAUCUCUUCCGCGUCCUCUUCGCCCUCGCCGCCGACCAACGAGACCCGAACACCACAACAAGCACUUCCACGUCCCUCGCCAGACCCUCCUCUGUACGCCCCCGUCUACGAUUCGGAUCCUUCACCAAAGUUGCCUUGCCUUUUGGUCAAUAUUGGCAGCGGAGUCAGCAUCAUCAAGGUAGACGAUUACGGCAAGUAUGAGAGAGUGAGCGGAACGUCUUUGGGAGGCGGAACGCUUUGGGGACUGCUCAGCCUUUUGACGGAUGCCGAGAAUUUUGAUGGUGAGUGCGCACGCAAGGCGAAUUUGAAGGUCAAUUUGGCGUCGCGUACCUUUGAAGAAUAACUACCAUUGGAAUGAUCGAACUGUACCGAUGAAAGCAUUGACCGAUGCAUAUCCUUCCCGCUUGUCGCUUCUGCGGAGUGCAGAGAUGCUCGAGCUUUCGACACGAGGCGACAACAGCACGGUCGAUAUGAUGGUUGGAGAUAUCUACGGCUCUUCAGAUGCACUCUCUUCGCUAGGUCUCAAGUCCAGCACUAUCGCUAGCUCCUUUGGCAAGGUGUUUAGGAAGGAGCCAGGUAACGAUUCGGGGGGCUCGGGUGGUCCCUCUGCACAUGGUCACGAAGAGGCUCAGACGGAUCAGGCCCCCAGACAGAGGCGCAAGAAGAAGAAGUUUAGACAAGAGGAUAUCUGUAAAAGCUUGCUGUAUGCUGUCAGCAACAAUAUCGGACAGAUUGCGUGAGUCGUCUUGAGUGUAUAGCAACUGCAUCCAUGACAAAUGGUAACCGAAGAUGGCUUGCCACAGUUACAUGAAUGCCGAAAAGUUCAAUCUAGACAGGAUAUACUUUGGCGGAGGUUUUCUGAGAGGGCACAAGGCGACCAUAUCGACGCUGAGCUACGCUAUCCGCUUCUGGUCCAAGGGCACCAAAAGAGCCUACUUUUUAAGGCACGAAGGUUACCUCGGCGCGAUCGGAGCUUGGAUACACCAAGUGGGACCGGCCGACCAGAACGCCGGAGCUGCAUCAAUCGCCAAGACUGCGUCUACGGGUGGAACAGAUGCGCCGCCACAAGCCGCGGACAAGGGAGAGCCACUCGCACACUCUGACACGACGCAGACCUUUAUGGCUAGCGCAUCUUCCCAACGCACAAGGACAGGCUUGUGGACGCCUUCCCAAGCUAGCGAUGCGCAUCAGCAGCGCGCCGCAGUCAACGGCAUCCCAUCUCCGAUCGUGGAAUUGGCAGAGCCGACACUUUCGAGGGACACACGUGUGCCAAUCCAGCCUUCAAGUGACGCCCUGACAGAUCAUACUAGCCCUCAAUCCAGCGCUGCUCUGCCUUCUCUGCUGGCAGAGGCGCUAGGUGGCGCGCCGCUGGAUAAACAUCAGGGAAACGUAGCUGGCGCGUUACCCCAUGCACAACGCGGGCAGCAGCCGAACGCCUCUGCGCCACACAUUGCGAACAAUGGCACAUCCACGCAAAAUGAAGGCGUUGUUGCUGCUAGCGAUGCUGUGGGCGACAGCACUGACCUGCAAGCCCUUUUAUCCACACUCUCGGUCGAAGAUCGAGACAUUUUGCAACCUCUGCUAUCGCAAGGAGCAGCGGGAGCUGCUCGCUCUUCUCAAAACGCGCAAAACGAAGAGGCGCAGAGCAUCGAAGAUAUGCAGGACCUGUUGAAGAGGAUAGAGGCGGCUGAUGGUGCGGUGGAUGGGCUGGAAGCUAGGUUGGACGGCUUUUUGAGCAGGCUGGACCAGAUGCUGGACAGUCAUUCGGAAUGA